CUUCUAUGUCAAGCUCGAGAGAGCAAUUCAUAUACUGCAUAGUUUCAUCGACCUGUUUCAGAGCACAGGGAGAGCUGGGAAUUCUGCAGCGCUUUCUCUGAUGUCAAAAACGAAUUACAAGUAUAAUUUGUGAGCUUACAAAAUCAGAUUUUAAAUCCCAGUGGAAGCGAGGCCACAGACAGCUCAGCUAAUUCUCUCUGACUGGCGGUUGCUACUUUCAGAGCAGUGCAACUGAGCCUUAAAAGGGAAUAUUGUGCUGUUUGACAGGUGAAAACAAAGUGGACAUCUGGAGGAUCGAGUGUUGUGUUGAAAGUGGGAUGACAGUCUAUUCAAGGAAGAUGCAACACUUGGUAUGGUUGAUUCUGGCAAUGCAGUGGAUGGUUGAAUCUGUGGAGAACUGUCCUGAUAUCUGCAAAUGCUCCAGGAAAGCAGGCCCAGAAAAGUCAGAAGUCAACUGUCAUAAGAGGGGACUUCAUGCCUUUCCUUCAAACCUGCCCCCUGAUGCUUGGAUCCUCAAACUAGGUGAGAAUGGUAUUACAGACCUGAAGGCCAAUUCUCUGAGAUCAAUUCCAAAGAUUGAGAGCAUCAACCUGGAACGCAAUGCCAUCAAAUCCAUUCACCCCAAGGCCUUCUUUGGUGCAAAACAGUUGAUGCUUCUCAAUCUUUACGGCAACCACAUCUCCACCCUUCCACCAAGGGGGUUUCAGGACCUCCUGAACCUUCGCUUUCUAAUGCUGGGGCAGAACCAGAUUGGUGUCCUCAAACCUGAGAUGUUUGCUGGUAUGAGGAACCUGUCAGACCUGGACCUUCCUCUCAAUGCUCUUACAAUGCUCCCAGCUAAUGGCUUCAAACCUCUGAUCGCCCUCAAAGUGUUGGACCUUUCCCUGAAUCGCAUUCAGAGAAUCUCUCCUAAGGCCUUCACUGGACUCAGACAGCUAUUGUUCCUCAACUUGGACAAUAACAGCGUGAAGACGGUUCCUGCUGGAGCAUUUAGGCCGCUACGAUCUCUGGAGAUGCUGGUUCUAGACAACAACCUUGUGUCCACGUUGACCCUGUCAGCUUUGGAUGGUCUGGACAAUUUACAGGAACUCUACCUGAGGAACAAUGAACUGGAGCACCUGCCAUCUGAUGUGUUCAGCCACAUGCCAAAACUUUCUCAGCUGGCACUCAGCGGGAACCGCCUGAAGACAAUGGAUGGAAACAUGUUCACCCAUAUGCCUGAGUUGAGGAAACUGUACCUCCAUGACAAUCCGUGGCAGUGUGACUGUAACAUUAUGUCCUUGGUGCGGUGGAUGGGACAAACCAAGGCCAUGUUGUCUCCUCGAGAAGCCCUGAAGUGUGUGAGUCCUCCAGAGCUCCGAAAAAAGAGCCUUGGCAGCCUCGAAGCAGGAACGCUGCUCUGUCGCGCCUAACAUCACAAAACCUGGAAGAAGGAUACAGUGUAGACUCGGACCCUUGGAGACUCAGAUGAUAAACUUAUCGUCACAACAGUUUUGAUUCUGUAGUUUGGGCUACUGUUUGUAAACUUCGCCUGUUUCUUGUGUCAUUUCUCCAAACUGCAACGCGAUCAGUAUAUUGCAGGUUAGUAUAUCCUGAAGAGUGGCAUAAUCAUGUUUUCAGCUAAAUAUAUAAACAAAUCUUACCUUUGAAAAACUUUGAUUGACCACCAUUUUUAUUGUUUCUUAAGACAACUUCUGUGGGUGUAAUUACAACCUAUGCUAGCAUAUGAAACCCAUAAACUGCAGUUAAAGCAUAUAAACCUGCAGUUGUGAUGCUUUUGCUGUACAGAAAGAUUGUCCAUUAUCAAUAUAUUUUCCACUAGCAAAGAACAUGUGUUGUUGCUUAUCUCCAAACCAACACUGAGAUUAAUAUUAUAAUCUCAUAUUGCUUGUCAUAUGGAGACUAUGCAGGUUUGGAAAGUGAUAGAUUACAUGUAAUGGGAUUACAUUAAUCCGAUUUCAGGAAAUGGUUUCUUUAAUCUUUUGCAGCUAAUGUAAAAAAAAACAACAAAAAAAAACAACCAUUAAAUUUCAAGGAUAGUGAAUUGAUAGACUGUCAGGAUUCUCUGCAGCAUAAACUAAAAGUGAAGAUAGUUGGAGAUAAUGUAAAUUUAUUGAAUUUGUAAUCUCCAAAUACUUUUAAAGUGAAAUGAGAAAGAUGACACAACAGUGAUGCACUACGUGACCAAAAGUAUGUGGAUGAUGGACAGUCUCCAAUCUUCUAGUGUCAGGCUUUUCCUCAAAUACCAGUUUGUAGAAAUUUGCUCCAAUUCAGUCAUAACUGCAUCAAAACCAACUUUGAUUCUGGUUGAGAAUUGAAUGUUUGGUACCGUUGAGGUCAUGGCUCCAUGCAGAUCAAUCAGAUUCUUUCACAAAACCAGCAUCAUCCAUAUAGUUUUGGAUGUGAAGUGCAUAAAGUGGCUUACACAGUGGAAACAACCUGUUCUGCAGAGUUUGCUUCCACACUACAUCUUCCCACUACAUCUCACUUCACACUACGAUUUGCUUUUGUUGUACUGCAACCUUUCUCAUCCCUGCUGCUGUCAGACUCUCACACUCUUCAGGUUCCAUCGACAGGCAGAGAUGAGGACAGUUAGAUCAAUUUAUGGAGGGAAUCGGGCGGAGAUACAGAGAAUAAGAAAAGUAUGACAGGAAGGUUGGUGGGGUUGAGAUGGGAGUCGGGGUGGGGGGUGGGGGGGUGGGGGUUGUUAACUGAGCAAUGAUAUCCUGCCCUAAGCUUUCUGUAAUUGACAAGGUGACUCCCAUUGACCUCCUCGCACAACGACUUUGACAUGCAAACGCUGGUGUCUCCCACUCUAGCGGGGGAGAUAAUCGCCAUAAUUUCCACCUGCAUUAAACCUGCUAUUAUAGGAGAGAGCCUAAGAACAAUAUAAUAGCUGGGCUUUGUUCUGAGCUGCAUCUUCUUUCGCCUCCGUUGGUGGCUCCUGCAUAUAAUACGGCAAAGUCAAAAAGAUUUUUCCCCCCUCUCCUCUCCUCUCUUCUCCUCCUUUCUGCUUUUUUGUUUCUUUUAAUAGGCCACUAAACCUAUCAUCUUAAAGACGGCUCACUCUGACGACUGAGACCAAACAACAGCAUCUCAGCAGUUCACAAAAUGGAAAUAUUUCACGCUUAUCAGCUUUCCUGAUGAUCUGAUCUGAAAUGGGAGUGUGAAUUAUAGCAGGGAACACUCGUUGCUUCAAUGUGUAAUGUGGACAUAGUUAUAUAACAGAAACUGAGGUACAUUUAACUGGUAGUACCGUUGUGGUUGUGUUUCUUUUCUUUGUACAAGAUGACACUGUUUAACAUGUUUUUGUGCCCUGGGUGUUCAAGAUUCCUUGUAAAAUGCUCUGUGCAGUAAAUAAUGUAUUAUGAUAGUGUGCUUUGGAAUAAUAUUUCAUGCUACAAGCGUGCUCUCUGUUAUUUUUAACUAUUCAUGCUGUUCAGUUUUGUGUACUGGCAAAGUAACAUCCUUAGCAGAUAAUGGCCAUGCAGCCUUCAGGUUCAUAUAAAAUACACAAUAAAGUGUUUUACACUUUUUGUUUAAGGUUUAAAUUGAAUGGGUAUGUUUGAUAUGCCAGUUCUUUCACAAUAAUCUGGUAUUAUCUGUUAUUAUAUUUUAUUAAAUACAGAGAAUUUUGGA